GCGGUGCCCGAGCGCUUCCGCCGCGCUCCGUCCCCUCGCCCCCGCUGGGCGGCCCCGGGGCGAGGCCUCGGUCCCGCCUCUGCUCUGCCCUGCUCCAUAUAUGCCGGCGGCCGCCCUCCGCAGCUCGCAAACCGCGUCCGGGAUGCUGCGCGCCGCCCCGCCACAGGCGCUGCUGCUCAGCGCGCUGCUGUGGCACCUGGCCGCCGGCUAUGAAGACCUACCAACAGCAGUCAAUAUAACUUGGUCUUCAAUCAAUUUUAAAACUAUACUACAGUGGCAACCAAAACCAUCAGGCUACCUCUAUACUGUAGAAAUACAUGGACAGACAUCUGACAUGAAGAGAAAAUGCAUACUGACAUCAGAAACAGAGUGUGAUGUUACUGAUGUGCUCAGGAAUGUAAAGGAGACAUAUACAGCACACAUACUGUCUGUAAAGCCUGUGGGGAUGGAUAACUUUGAAGAGCCACCUUUUGCAGUCUCUGAAAAAUUUACACCUUAUACCCAGACUGUUAUUGGAAAACCAGAGAUAAAGGAUUAUUCACAAAAAGGUUCCAAACUGAAUGUCGUGUUCAAAGAUCCACUUACACCAUAUAUGUUUUCUAAUGGAAGCUUUCUGAGUAUUCAAGAUAUUUUCCAGCAUGACCUGGAAUACAAACUCUAUUACUGGAAAGAUCAAAGUUCUGGAAAGAAAGAUGUGACAACAAAAAGCCAUAAUUUUGAAGUAAGCGUUGACAGUGGAAAGAAUUAUUGCUUCUAUGUCCAGGGAAUCAUUCCCUCUCGCAGAGAAAAUCGUAAUGGCCAAGAAAGCGUGGUGCUCUGUACCAGUGUAGGAAGGAAUAUCUUAGAUGAAUACGGAACAGAAGUCUUUAUCAUCCUAGCAGUGAUAGCAGUUGUAGUCAUCACUCUUGCCAUUGUCCUUCCAGUGGUUCUGUGUAAACGCAAGAAAGCAAAGAAAGCAAGAGCUGUGAGAGAAAAGGAGCUGCUUAAUGGUGUCUAAGGAAAAAAUAUUGCAGACACUAGUAGCAGAGCCAAAGCAGAAAAAAACCCAACAACAAAAAAAAACCUAAAUUGGGUAAUUGACUGGAGCCUUUUAGGCUCUCUGGAACAGGAAUUCUGAAACCCAAACUUUAUGUGGAUUAAAAGAUCCAGACAGUACAGACAGAAAUUCCAGAUAUAAGGAAGCCCUGUGUCAUUAGUGGCCAGAGGCUUGAAGAGCAUUCUGGUGAUCUGUUACAAUCACAGAAUGUGCUGAGUUGGAAGGGACCCAUCAGGAUCAUCGAGUCCAACUCCUGGCCUUGCAUGGGACCCCUCCACAAGUCACACCCUGUGCCUGACAGUGCUGUCAAACAGCUUCUUGACCUCUGCCAGGCUGCUGCGUGACCACUUCCCUGGGGAGCCUGUUCCAGUGCCCAGACAUCCUCUGGGUGAAAAUCUUUCCCUGAUACCCAACCAAAACCUUCCCUGACUCAGCUUCAUGCUGGUUUUUUGAGUCCUGUCACUGGUCAUGAGAGUGAAGAGAUUGGCAUUGCCCCUCUGCUUCCUUUGGCGAGGUUGUUGAAGUGUCUUCCCUCAGUCUCCUUUUUUCCAUGCUGACAGACCAAGUGACCUCAGCCACUCCUCAUACAGUUUCCUUUCUGGAGCCUUCACCAUCCUUGUUGCCCUCCUUUGGACCCUCUCUAACAGCUCAAUGUCUUUUUUCUAUCGUGGCACCCAGAACUGCCCCCAGCACUUGAGGUGAGGCCACCCCAGCUCAGAGCAGAGUGGGACUAUCCCCUCCCUUGCCUGGCUGGCCAUGCUGUCCCUGAUGUCCCCAGGACAGGGACGUCCCUCCUGCCAGGCCACUGCUGGCUCAUGUUCAACUUUCCCUUGACCAGGUCCCCCAGGCCCCUUUCUGUGGCCCUUUCUGCUGUCCAGCCUCUCAUUCCCCAGUCUGUCUGUACAUCCAGGGUUGCCCCAUCCCAGGUGCUGAGCCCAGCACUUUCCCUUGUAGAACUUCCUAUGGCUGGUGAUUGCCCGUCUCUAAAUUGCCAAGGUCUCUUUGCAGAGAUAUUUUUCCUAGACUGUUCCCAAGCCCCUUCUAUUGUCCUGUCAAACAUGAUUCUGAACUAGAGGUACUUUUAAUUUGAUCAGUACGGCCUUAUUGAGCCAGAAGAUUUACGGUACUUGUGAGGGGAAAAAAACACUACUUUUGAAAAAUAGGUGUCCUUUACCUAACUAAAAGGAAUAUUUUUCUGUUUCUAUGAAACAAACCCUGUAUUUAUCUGCCUUUUAACAAUAUUAACUGAUGAAAUAAUCUGUUAGUUCAGAUGUGACAAAAUUGCUACUAUUAUUUCUGCACUUCUUGGAUAAAGUUAACUUGGUCUGUUUAUCUUUGGAUGUAGACAAAGGUAAACAAACUGAAACAACUGCACUGGCAACUUGUAAGAAACACUAUUGAAGCAGGUACUUGCUAUUUAUCUGGAAAGUAUAUCCAGUUACACUACACCUAGAGUUAUAUAGACAGAGGAGUCUGAUAGUUCCAACUAAGUGUUAGAACAAAUACUUUGCAGGCUUUGAGUCAGCAGUAACUCACUUCAGCAAGCACUGAAUAGGUAGCAGUAUUUACUGCAUUUUGAACAUCGUUUUUAAUUAACAGUUGAAGAAUGUUUUCUGUCGUGUAGAUUCAAAUCAUCUUGGUGAUGGGAUUUGGAGAUACCUGUUGCUUUGACUUUUAGUAUUUAUUUUAUAAAUGAGAAUCUAAUUUUUAUACUGGUGUUAUCUCUAUUUAUGAUGGUAAUUUAUACUUUUCUAGUGAAAUAAAGGUGACUGGAAACAUAA